GGGUCUGGGCCGGCCGCUCCCGCAACGCCGUGUGCUCCUGGGCUUCCCCGCUGCCCGGCGGGAGGAGCCGCCUUUUUCCGCCGGGUGUCACUGCGGGGUGGGAAAGGCGCCUUCAAAAGCCGAGGGGAGGGAAAAGCCCUCCGCCACACCGGCAGCCCCCGCUCCGCCGCCGCCCGCCACGCCGCGGUACGGGCGGCAGCCGCUCCGCUUCCUGCGGGCCGGGGCGCUCCCGGCCCUCCGCCUCGGAGCCGGCGCUGGCCGGAGAGUCAUCGGCUGGUGCCGGCUGCCCCCCGACCCCAGCCCCUGCGGGCCGAGGCCGCCGGCCCAUGCCAGAAGGAUGCUGGAGAGCGGCUGCAAGGCGGUGAAGGAGGGCGUGCUGGAGAAGAGGAGCGACGGGCUCCUGCAGCUCUGGAAGAAGAAGCGCUGCAUCCUUACCGAGGAGGGGCUGCUCCUCAUCCCCCCCAAGCAGCAGCCGCCGCCGCAGCAACAGCAGCAGCAGCCGCCGCUGCCGGCCGAGCCGGCGGCCAAAAUCAAGGAGCUUCACUUCUCCAACAUGAAGACGGUGGACUGCGUGGAGCGGAAGGGCAAGUACGUGUACUUCACGGUGGUGAUGGCCGAGGGGAAGGAGAUCGACUUUCGGUGCGCGCAGGAGCAGGGCUGGAACGCGGCGAUCACGCUGCAGAUGGUGCAGUACAAGAACCGCCAGGCCAUCCUCGCCGUCCGCUCCACCCGGCAGAAGCAGCAGCACCUGGGGCAGACCCACGGGCCGCGCCUCCGCAGCGCUUCCAACUCCGCCUAGGGCAGGUGAAGUUAACGAAGCGCUUCGGGGGAGCGGGACUUGAGGGCGUUCGUUGGGGACGUGCUGCGGUUGAUCAAAAACUGGGCGAGCGCCAGAGAUGCAGGUAGACUGGAGAGAAGCGGCUCAACAACCUGAACCCCAGCUGCUGCUGCUUUGCCGCCCUCGGUGCCCAGAAGCAUUUCAAAUCUAUUAUUUAUGAACCUUGGAAAGGAUCCUUUGGUGUGGUGGGACUUCUAGGAGACAUGACGUACUGUAACUCUAUUUUAAUGUAUUUUAUUUUAUUUAUUAGGGUUGUUUGUUUGGUUUUUUUUUUGGUUGUUUUGUUGUUUUUUUAUUUUUUAAAGGCUUGUUUGCAAGACACUUCUGAAUGUAGGCCGUAUCCAAAAAGGAAAGGAAAAAUCAACGUGUCUGUUAGCUCCCUAAAGGAACUAAAAAGUUUGGCCGCGUGCAAUUUGACAAAAGAGAUUUUAAUUUUUACCCAAAAUACACUGUAUUACACUAACAUGGAAAAUGUGAUGUGUGGUUUGGAAAAUUUGGCUGAAACCCAUUCUGCAUAUGAAAACUCUUCUCUUUAGUGAGAAUAUCAAUUACAGUCUGGGUUUUAAGUUAUUUUCUUUUGAAAUAUACAUGUGGCGGAAGAUGAUAAAAAUCUCAUGCGCUCUUGGUUGUUCAAAAAUGUUGAUUGUUAUUCCAAGAUUAAAACCCAUUUGUUCAACGUAUGAGCAGAGCGGAGUCGGACCGACUUUUUUUGCGGUGCAGGAAUCGCAGCCGGAUUCCUGUUACCCAGUUGGACGUGCUCGCCCCUGGGCUGGAGCUGGGCAGCGCUUACGAAUGUUUCUUAGUGCCCCGGCUCAGGGCUCCCUCUGUGUUGCCGGUUUGUGAGCGGUCUGGGCUCUCGACCUGCGUUGAAUUUUCACGGCGGUUUUUCAAUGUCUUGCAUUAAAGUAGCCCCUAGUUUAAAAAUCCAUCUUAUCCGCAUCUUAGCCUGCAGAUUAUUUUGGUCACGGUUUUCACAAGCUGGAAGUUGCUCCCUAGCUGAGAAUACGGUAGGUUAAUUUUGGUGCGUAGCACUGUCAGAUGUUGCGAGGGGCGUGCGAUCUCGCCUCUAAAGAAACAUUGACGAAGCCAUGAAGUUGGAAAACAAAGGGCUAAUUGCACAGCUGGUGUGUCUUCCUCUGCCUCUUAGAAGUCAGUGGGAGUUUGCCUGGCUGGCGAUGCCGGUGAGAGCGGGUUGGAGCUGCUCGUCCCGGAGCAACGGAGGGAGCCGGGCAUGUGCCGGUGUUUUUUCUGGGGGUGUCUUUUCUGGGACAGGGUCCUGCAGGUGAUGGGUGACUUCGAGGUGUGUGCCACUACUGCCCGGCUUCCCUGGUUUCUAGUGAGUUGGGGAGGUUGUAAGCAGGGACGGAGCGAUGUGGCCCGUUAUCUCCGGUUCAAAGUAAAAAGUCGCAGCCUCAGAGCUAUUUAUUUUAACUAGCGCGGCGAGGAAAAUGGCUUUUGGCCCCUUUACAAGUUACGUGAAUGUAAACAAAAUCCUUUAAAGCCACGCAUCCAGGACUUUUUUUGUUUGUGUAACUGAGGUGUAGCUUGACUGUAGAAGCCCCACAUUCUUGGUUCGAGCUGUUUCUGUAAGUGUUCGAAGCAAAAGACUGAACUGAUGCUCAAAGGAACAGCUCGGAAUCGGCUGCUGCUCAUGACGGUCCCUUCUGACUUCUGCACCCUAAGCUUAAGCUUGGUCCUGUAAGGAGACGUCUCUUUUAGCCCUCAUUUUUUGCUCCUUGCCCCCAGGCGUCGAAGUCACAUAUCAUAGAAUGGCUUGGGUUGGAAGGCACCUUAAAGAUCACCUAGUUCCGACCCCGCUGCCACGGGCAGGGACACCCCCCACUAGACCAGGUAGUGCAAAACAUGUUCUGGUGCAGAAUUAAAGCCCAGACCUCGGCCAUCCUCUGUGGCUAUUCCCAAGCGCUUCUUUCCCAUCCGGCCCUUGACAAGGUUGCGUGACGAGUUUGGGUUGGUAGAUUACAGCUGUCCUAACAAAGUUAUUCCUUUGAGACUAAUUGAAACCGAAGGUGCCCUGCAUCUUCUAGGAUUAGAUUCGCUGUCUUGGCAAUCAUAAUAGCCAGUUUCCACAUCUCUGUACAUCUGCCAUUAUCAUUCUGCUAAUGCUUGGAUGUUAGAGCUGCAAGGGGAUUCUCUAAUGAGCUAGUCAAAGGCUCACAAAAUAGACUGUAAUUUGUAAUUUGGCUCCUCUCUUUAGAGUCAUUAAUUACAGUUUGCUGAUUAACUAAUCCACCUUUUCAGAUGUACAGGCGUAUCGCUGAUAUCUCACCUACUAAAAUACGUUUUAGCCUACCGAAGGAUAAAUGUAAUUGAUGAAAAUUAAUUCCGGUGUGAUUGGAGACAUGUGUUUCUCUUGGAGAGGCAGGUAUUCCUGUCCUUGGUGGAUGCAAGCUCCUGAAUGCCACAAAAGUCUAUGGAUCUGGUCUAAAGCUGAAAUUUUACUGCUCUUCUGGAAGUAUUUGGACUUUGAAAAUGAAAGAUGACAAUUUUAGUGAUAUAAUGGACGCUAAGGAUUGAGAAAAGAGCUUUCAUUUUGAAUUUGCUGCUCUUUUUCCACCGGUUCAAGGUCAAUCUCACACUUUCACCUCAUGUUUCUUGUUUUAAGUUGGUCUGAUGGUUGCACUCGAAACUAUUUGGACUGAUGUAGUUCACCAACAAACUUUUGCCGGUUGCCAUUGCCUGCUGUGUUCCAUUUUUGAGAACAUUGGUGUCAGCCAGAACUCUUAGCGUGAGAGAUGGUCACGUCACAAAAUCCACCCCGAGCUGUUCCUGAGUUGGUGGGAUGGGUGUAAGGGUCAAACCUCCCCCCGGUGCCUCCGGGCUGUCUCCUGGAAACCGAACGGGAACAAAUUGGCUGGGGUCCCCUGGGGACAGUCGGGCCGUGUAGCUCAGGCCAUGUCAGUAUAAAUAAGGCUAAAUUGUCUGACGUGGACAAUCCGACAACUCUCUCACGCUCUAAAUUCCACAAGUUGAUUUUUUUUUUUUUUUUGACUGAUGGUAAUUUUAGCCUAAGAAAUUGUUUGAUGUUAUGAAUGAGGUAGUUCUGGGCUUUUUUUGGCUUGCCCCUCUGCUACUGUGCGAUCUUCGCUGGAGCUACUUUUAGUUAAAUACUGUCUGCCACUGCCUUGUAAGCCAUGGCUAGGAAAGCAGGUCCAGCAGAUCAUGCUCCAACUUAUUGGAGCUUUGGAAAUAAAGAAAUCAGGUUGUCCAUCCCCUUAGCAAAAAAAAAAAAAAAAAAGUAAAAAAAAAAAAAGGGCAACAACAUGCGGCUGAAGUAAAUUCAUUAGAAAAUAAACAAAAUUGCCAAUAAAAUGUACACGGGCAAAUGCUUGGUAUAGACAGCAAAAGUGUGGACAGUCAUAAAGAGGUCAAAAUUACGUGUCUUAAUAAAAAAAAAAGUGAUUAAGGGGCAGAUUCAGCAAGAAAAUUCACGCUGUGGUGACCAAGAAAAUUUAGAAAUUGGGGGAAAAGGAAGAUCAAGUGGAUGUUGUCUCUGUGACAUCCUGAAGUAAUUCCUCUUCUUUUAAGGUUCAUGAUAUGCAAAUGCCAGCUUCUGAAUUAUAGCUGCAGUGAUGUACCAAAUGUUUUCUAGCAUAUCCUAUUGUGAGCAGAAAUAUCAGUGUCAUCAAAAAAAAAAAAAUUGUGUGUAAAUAUGACUCAUAAAUGAUUUCUGAGAGAUGUGAUUUAUUUUUCAUAUUUUUCAAGAUGCAUUCCAUUUCAAAUAAAGAGGUAUCUAUUGAAAGAGCUCUCAA